AUGCCCAAAUUCGAACCAGUCCCGAGUUCUUUUAGCAAUCCGGAGGGCAAAGUGGUGGUACUCACCGGAGGUGCACAUGGUGUUGGCGAGGCAGUUAUUCGCUAUCUGUGUGCCACUGGAGCACACACGUUCUUUGGGGACAUCGACAAGCAAGCUUGUCAAGCACUCGUGGAUGGCCUCGAGGCCGAGAGAUUCUCUUCGGGAAGUUUGGAUUACCUUCAUGUCGAUGUUUCCAAGUAUGAGGAUAAUCUGGCUCUUUUCAAACUAGCAUAUGAGAGGCAUGGUAGAGUUGACCAUGCUUUUUCGAUAGCUGGAGUUACUGAAAGACAGAACUGGUUCGAACCAAGCCUGGAUCUGAAGAGCGUGGAAAUUGCACCUUCCACCACCGUGUUGGACGUCAACCUCACGGGGCUAUGUUACUUUGCUCGCAUUGCUACGGUAUAUCUACGCCAAGGGAACGAUGGUCACAAACAGGACAAAUCGAUUUGCCUAUCAGGUUCUAUUGCCUCCUUCAAGGAACAGGCAGGGUUGUUCAUUUAUCAACCCAGCAAGCAUGGUGUGAUUGGCCUCAUGCGCUCGACUCGAAAAAUGCUAUACCAUGAACCCUUUGUCGGAUCCUUGAUGGGACUAGCAAUCUACGUCGAAGGCGGCAAAGGCUGGGAAAUCGAGAAGGAUCUAGACAAUGCGGAAGUUCAUUGGCUAGGUGAGGAGAAUGCCAAAAUCGAAGAAGCGCUUGGGCUUGAGCUGGACAGCAAACAAAUGACAGCCACGCGAUGUCUUUCGAGCCUGUGA